CUAGCCCCGGCUAGCUUGGCUAGUUCGGCUGCGGGGCUUGCUGCUAAAGCCGCCACACAGUGACAUUGUUUCAUGUCCUGUCGCAUGAAAGUUUGUAUAUUGAAAACCGAUGACUGUUUCGGUUCCUGUUUAACUUCUGCUGUGAAGCAGUGGGAGCUCAGAGUCACAGGAACCAUCGACGCAGCAGUUUGAUGAGAGUUGAUGCUGCAGCAUGUUUGUUGUUGUGGUCUGAUCCUGACUCGCCCUUCUCCUUUCUGUGGCGUAGGACUCACACAUCACCUGAUACGUAGCUCACAAAAAUCCAGGCUGUCAUUUAGCAUUGUAAUGCUCCUUCCCCACACUAUGGCUCGCAUUUCAUUCCAGUCAGGCCCCCGAUCAUGUGUGAAAACCACUGCAUCAUGUUGCGAAGAACUAGGCUGGGUUGUGCAGCCCAGAGUUAGCCUCCAGUCUCCAGCCACCCAGCAAGAGACCUUUGGCAGACAUCUUGGUCAUUCACCCCUGUCACUGUGUUCCUAAAACUGGUCAACCAUUACACAUCUGUCACUUAUUGCCAGAAAGGUUCAAAUGGUGCAAGGACAGGUUUUCUUUACUGAAUCAGUUAGUAGCGUGAAACCCUGGGUUAAAUCGACCCUGGUCUGCCACCUGGUGUGGAGGGCAGUGACCCAGCGAGGAGGGGCACUAUGAGCGGGAAGAGCCUGCUGCUGAAGGUGAUCUUGCUGGGGGACGGUGGAGUGGGCAAGUCCUCUUUGAUGAACCGCUAUGUCACGGACCGCUUCGACUCCCAGUCCUUUCACACCAUCGGCGUGGAGUUCCUCAACAGGGACCUGGAGGUGGACGGGCGCCUGGUCACUCUCCAGAUCUGGGACACGGCGGGUCAGGAGCGCUUCAAGUCCCUGCGCACGCCAUUCUACCGUGGGGCCGACUGCUGCCUGCUCACGUUUGCUGUGAACGACUUGCAGAGCUUCCAGAACCUCGGCGGCUGGAAGAAGGAGUUCAUGUACUACUCAGAUGUCAAAGACCCCGAGCGCUUCCCCUUCGUGGUGCUGGGCAACAAGGUAGACAUGGAGCGGAGGGAGGUGGGGGCGGACGAAGCCCGGGCCUGGUGCGAGGAGAGCGGAUGCUGUCCUUACUUUGAGACCAGUGCUAAGGAUGACACUAAUGUCACAGCUGCAUUUGAGGCGGCUGUCAGGGAGGUUCUUGCUGCUGAGGACCAGAUGGACCACGCACUACUGAGUAGUACUAUAGAUCUCCAUGGCAACCGCAAAGCCUCUCGCGCGUCUUGCUGCUGAUUGGUCAGGUGUGAAUCCACGAUGUCUUAACCUCUCUGGCUGAAACUUGCCCGAGGCAGUUUAAAGAGCCAGUCAGGUAUUGUUUAUGGUACACAUGCUGUAGGUACAAGGUACUGAUAACAGUAUCCACUAAAGAUUAUAAGGAUAAGAUACAGCGGCUCUGAGGGGGGCGGGGUCAAGGCCUUCAGCUGGUGUCUAGAUUGUUGAAUUAACAAACGGUACAGGCACUCUCAUCCUUUCUACUCUGUCCGCUUCCAAUGGUGUUGCACAAGAACAUUUUUACCCAGGUUUGUCUGCCGAUGCAGGGCUUUUAUCAAAGAGUGCUUUCACAGCAUUUAUUUUAAUCAAAAAUAAUUAGAAUUUUAAUUAACACAGUGGAAGAGAGAAGAUACCAGUCCUCUACCGAAGAGCACACUCCACAGCCACUCAACUAUUUGUCCAUGAGCUGAUUCUACACGGUUUCAGAAGGACUGAAUACAACAUAGCCUUCUCUUUUUAUCAGAUAUGUUAGCGGUGGCUGGGGAGCCUGUGCAUUUUCUCUGUCAGCGACUGCGUUCUCAAUCCAUGCCGAUCCUGUGAUUGAGAACUCCUGACAUCAGUGUGAUGACCAAUAUGAUUCGGGGUGCGUGGAAGAUUGCUGCACUUUUGUCUUUAAUAAGAAGGGAAUUAUUUAUUGUUAUUUUGCAGCUCUUGCUUCAGACAUCGGGUACGGGAUAAUCAGGUGCUCUUAUUAAUUUGAUUGUUAGAUUUAUUAUCACUGGUCGACCGAUAUUGUUUUUCAAGGGCUGAUAAAGAUUAUUAGUGGUUGAGAAGACCGAUAACUACAUAAUAUAUAGACUACAUUUGCAUUAAUGAUUUAAUUCUUAUUGUCUAAAUGUAAAAUAACACAAACACAAACUACCACUACAGAAAGUCAAGGUACAACUGCUGUGGUGUCCAGUAGUUUUUAUUAUUUCGUUCACCCCAUUUAUAUAAAUAAAGUCUUAGGCUCAUUAACGGAAACGCCUCUCUGUCAAAUCCACUUAGACUCAACAUCACCAAACACUACAUCCUCCAGAAUGAUCAACCAGUUAAGACAACAACUUUCUAAAACACUUUUGAUAAAAAGUGUCAUGCGGGAAAGGGUUUAUUUGAAGACUGUUGUAUUACACUGCAUUAGUUUUAGCUAGGUGUACCUAAUAAAAUGCUAACUGAGUUUAUAUUUGUAAUUUUCAGAUGUAUGCACAGGAUGUAAGUUCCAGAAUGAACUUAAUUAGUUGCUCUCUGUGUGGAUCUCGAUGCACAUACGCCUGGUAUCCUAAAAUGAUCUCUAAUUUAAUAAUUUAAGAUUACGUAAUUAUUUUACCCAUACCCCUUUUAAAAUGUAACUAAUAAUUACAUUUUAAUUAAUUAAUAUUUACUCAGAGUAGAGUUCAAUUGACUUUUAUUCUACUUUUGUCUGAAGACAUUUUUACACAAAUUACUUUCACUCUCCCAGAGUAAAAUCUCUGUUAGGUAACAACAGUUUUCAUCUCAGUGUUUUUCUGUUUUCUUCAUUACAGUGUUAAUUACCUGCUCUGCAUUUAAACAGUUUUGCUCAAGCACUUAUAGCUCUCUACUUUUUUGUAGACUGUCUCAUCAAUUCCACAGUUGAUUCUUCUGUGUUCAGAUCUACAAGCUAUUUAGCGAUGGCUCCCUCUCACUAUCUUAGUCUCUCUUGCUCAGUGUCACUUGGGUGGAUCAACAAAUGAACUCGUUAAUUAGAUUGUGAUGGUUUUGCAUCUUCAGCAAAGUGGAUUGUGAUGUCGCAACCUCUGCCUUACCUUCGACUAACAGCUCGGAGCGGUCACCGCAGCUGCUCUAGUCUAUAGGUUUGUCUUUGCCUCUCUGUAUCUUCAGUUUUAUAGGUUACUUGUGACGUGUAACCAAUCGGUGAUGUGGGCGGGACAUUGCUAGAGACAACAAAGUGUUGAUGACAAACAGGAAGCACAUUUUUAUUUGCAAAAAGAGACUGAUAAUCGUUAAAAUGCUAAAUAAGCCAAUAUUCAGUCGACCCCUUCACUGUGUAGCUGCAGGCACCAGACCUACAGGCCUGACAUCUCUUGUGCUGUUACUCCUCGUCUCAGCUGGAUGUGAGAUAGCAUGAUCACAAUGAUAAUGCCGUUACUACUAAUGUGUGUGUCCCCUCUCCUGUCCAUUCAUACAGCAACGUGUGAAACUUGCAUCUGACUUUUCUGAGAACUUGAUGAAAUUGAUCGGUACUUUAUUUUGAUUUCAGUGUUCUUCUAACAGUCCGGUUUAUUUACCAGGGGGUGCACUUGAACCUUUGGGUUUUAGCUGCUGUUAUCCAGAGGGCAGUGUUUCUUGCCUGUGUGUUUUUUUAAAAAUAAUAUUCAAACUGAGCUACAGACAGUUUCAAUAGAAUCUCUUCAGUAUUUCAGUUGCUUCUUGAACAGUAUUUUAUAUCUUCUCAAACAACCAAACCUGUUGCAUAAAUAAGAUCAAAUCAUUUGGUUGUCUGAAUGCACAAAGUCACCAUGGUUUCUCAUUAUGGGUCCACGUUCUCAUACCUUUUUUAUGUUGUAUUGAUGCCAUUGUGUAGUUUGUGUAGCACAUUAUUUGCCUUUCAAGUAAAAACAAAUUGCAUCAUAUUUCCGUAUGACUGCUGACUAAUGGUGAACAUUACAAUAGUUUCACUGUGAAAAGGAACUUGGUCCAAUCAGGUACAGGCUUAUUUACUUUAUUGCACGGUUCUUUGUUUUUAAUGUGGGUAAAUAGCUCGAGUAUAUGUUCAUUGUUAAAAGGUUUUAUAAGAUGUGAUUGAGCUUACGAGAGUUUUAUUAACUGUGAACUGAUUAGGGCAUUUUGACAAAGUGGAGCUGUAAGCUAAAUCAAUUCAAAUAAAAAAAAUCAGGGCUUAAGUUAAUCAUUUUUCUGUGUUAAUGUUUUCGGGAUCGAACAAAAUACUUUGUCUGUUUACUAUAUUUUUACCAUUUCAGUUUAUAACCUGUUCAGAUAAUGUAGCGUACCAGUGUUUACCUGAAAUGGAACAUACCUGAGAACCAGUCGGUUGGUAGCAUUACUCUAGUGCUCUAGUAUGUUGCUCUCAUGUUUCUGUCUUAUAUCACUGCAACCCAGUCUCAUGUCAGUGUUUCUUUUUAAAUGUGACUGUAAUAUUUAUGAAUGUACAAAUCUAAUUUCUUUGGGCUGUCUAAAUUAAUGGCUUAUGUAAAUUGCAAAGGGCAUUAAUUUUAUAAUUCACCCUCGUCCUAUGAGUGCGAUUGAGUGAAAGUUUCCACUGUUCGUCUUGAUUCUGUGUUGAACUAAUGGACGACUUUCCUUGCUCCUGUUCUUUUGCACUACGGAGGAUGAGACCGGGUUGUGCCAACAUGCUGGCAAAGCGUCGAACACCCUCCAGUGCUUGGCUACAAAUAAAAACAUGCGGCAUACCAAAAGGAAA